CCCGUCCUCUGUAUUCCCAGGACUGUCCAGAGGAGAAGGUCCCAGAGAACCCUCAGAUGACAAAUCGGGGGGAAGAUCUGACUGAUAUUAAAGUGGAGGAUGAAGAAGAGAGGAUGAUGGGUGAUCCCCCAUGUAAGAGUGAGGUGGAGGAGGACAUUCCAGGAGAUGUCACCACAGAUGGAUCCAGGAGGAGAAAUCCACCAAAGAGAUGUCCCCGUCCUCUGUAUUCCCAGGACUGUCCAGAGGAGAAGGUCCCAGAGAAUCCUCAGAAAAUCCCAGCAAGGAUUCUAUGGGAAAUUGCAUGGUAUCAGCGGAUUAUAAAGCAGAAGAUGAAGAAAUCAUGCAGCACUCUUCAGGAGAAAACUUUAAUGUGCUUCCAGGACUUCACAGUACAGAUCUAUCAUAUAAUCCCCCUAAUCAUGAGGAACCUUCUCCUAGCUGGUCACAAAUUGUUGCCACAAGUACAGGUCAGAAAGGGCUUCAGCGUGGGAAACCGUUCCGAAAAAGCUCAGGUUUUUCUACAGACAGAAGAAUUCACACAGGAGAGAAACCAUAUUCAUGUUCAGAAUGUGGGAAAUGCUUUGCAAAAAAAUUAUAUCUUGUUACACAUGAGAGAAGUCACACAGGAGAGAAGCCAUAUUUGUGUUCAGAAUGUGGGAAAUGUUUUAGAGCUAAAUCAUAUCUUAGUAAGCAUAAGAGAAUUCACACCGGAGCAAAACCAUAUUUAUGUUCAGAAUGUGGGAAAUCUUUUAUAGAUAAAUCAAGUCUUAUUAAACAUCAGAGAAGUCACACAGGAGA